UUUUGCUCCAGUCAGCCUCCCCUCUAUCGCCAUAUUGGGCACCGAAAAGACUUCUGUUAUUUCUUCCCUUUACUACGACACAAAGUUGACAGGAGUGGCCAUCGCAACUGCACUUUGUUUUGAUGAUCCGUAGAAGGAAAUUACUCUUGCCUGUUUUUCCACUUCGAUCGUUAGUACUAAGUCUCACUCUUGCAUGGCAUGCAUGCGUUUGUGGCGGCUGUUUUUUUCUUGAUGCCUGUUGUUUUUAAGCGUGUUGAAUUAGGAGAAAAUCGGUCAUUUUAAAGUGUCUUGAUUGCUGUUCUUUACACGCUGAAAAUGUCUAACGUACAUCUUUCAAGUGGGAGCCCAACUCUUGAAAGGAUGGACGCUAGGUUGUCCGACCAGCCGAAACCCUCCGCCUGCAGAUGUCUUUUCGGGCCAGUGGAUCACGAAGAGUUAAAGAAGGAAUUAAAGGGACACUUGAAAGCGAUGGAAGAGGCGUCGUCGGAGACGUGGGACUUCGACUUUUCAAGCCACACUCCUCGCUCGAACGGGAGAUACCGCUGGAAGGCAGUGGAUAGUAAGGACUUGCCGAGCUUCUACAGCGCGUCUGAACGGCAGGGCAAACAGAUCUGCUCGACUGGGAAUAACAGUGUGGAUGUAAAUGGGAACCAUGAUCGUGUGGUGGUGACUCCCUGUCGGCUAGUUGAGGACAAAACGGAGCGGUCUGAAAGUCAACUGGAAAAAAUGGAUCAGCAUGUUAAGGGGCAGAGAAAAAGACCGUCGUGUCUUGACUCAUCAUGUCAAGCGAAACGGUCGCACACCUGUCUAGAUGAAGUUUCUCGUCGGCCGGGUUUGACACAGACGGUAGAUUACACACCCAAGAAAUCCAGCCCCCCGACACAGACGUAAACAAUGUAGAGAGCUGAAGACGUUCUCUCCUUUUUGUCGGCUUCAGUGCUUUGUGAAUUAAAAAAAUUCAAGGACAGCAAGAAGAAAACAAGCAUAUCAGCUGGAAGAGUGGAGAGACGGCACAAGCACUGAAACAAACACAAACGUUUUGGCACUAAAAAAGCAACUGCCUCAAAAGCAGUCUAUGUAGCAGUGUGCAAUUAGGUUUAAUCCCUCGUUUUUGCUUUUUUCUUACUACCUGUGUAUAUAUUCAUAUGUAGCACAUAAUACAUUAUAAUUUUGGGGAAAAGUUUUCUCUUUUUUUGUAUUGGAGUAGGUGUGAAUUUGACUUGAAGAGUUGCAGUGAAUAGGUUUCAAGACGUUUCCAAAAUGCUGUUGAUGUACUUCUCUCUGUUUUUGAAGGCAGUGUGUCCCGUCUUACAGUGACUGUACAAAAAGGCAGUCUUUUGUUCUGUCACUGAAAUCCAUUGUAGAGUCCAUGCACACUUAGUUGUGCAUCUCUAACAUCAUUCAGGUGUUACAUUGGGGGUGUGUGUGUGUGUGUGUGUGUGUGUGUGUAUUAUAUUAUAUUAUAUUAUAUUAUAUGGCUUUAUCACAUAAAGGCCUAGCAUCUUAGUUUGAUUUCUCAGAACAGUAACACAGAAAAAGUCAGAGCUUAUAUAAAGCUUGUAGUUAAAUCUAAAUUAUUAUAUGUAACUUAUCUCAAAUUUUGAUUUGGACAGCUGAUCGAAAUUGUUCAGUUAUGUCAAACCGUGUAGCAUAAACCAGUAUUAACACCAUGCGAGUCACUUGAUAAAAGACACAUGUCCCUCGCUUAUACUUAAAUUAUUAUUCUUUAAUAUGUAUCUUGAUUUGUAUUUUGAGUGAAAAUUUCUACUGAUUGCCUUUUUUAGUUUUCCUGUUUUAUUUGUUUGUUUGCCCCACUCCCACCAACCACCACCAAUUUGGUGUAAUAUGAGGAAAUAUAAGCUUCUGUGCUCUAUGCACCUCUGCUCCCACUUGAUUCUGUGCUUAACUAUGAUGCAGAAGUAUAUUUAUAGGAAAAACGUAAAAAUUAAUAUUUCAACAGUCCACACAGCCUGUGUAUUCGUUUAAUCGUUGAAGUGUACCUGUGUACAUUUGUAAAAACACUGAGAAAAUUAAAACUAACUUAUUUAUGUCAAGCUUUUUUUUUUUAUCUAAAAUGUUUUGGUCAUGAUUAUCCAUGGCAUUUGAGUUCUUAUUUUUUUAAAUGCUUUUUUGGUAGUUCUUUGGUAGUCCUGUUAAAAAUAUAUAUUUUAACAAAUUGUGUAAGAUUGCAAACUGAGCCUGAUAAAAAUUAAAAAUAUUAUGGUAUGUGCGGUUUUUAUAAUGUGUGGUAAAACAUUGUGUUGCAAUCGAUUAAAAGAGAAUUAAAUUAUUACACCA